AUGGCUGUUCAUGCACAAGUUCAGAAGACAAGCUCUGCUCAGCCCACACAGAGAACUCGCUCGUGGCGCACUCCUACAAACAACAGUGGCAUCCUCACUGUGUCAAUAGACAACCCCACAGCUAGAACACAGCCUGAGCCUGCUCAGUCCUGGUCCCUGCACCCCGAGACUCCAGCACGCUCCUCACCUCCUCAAGAGGAGCCGGAGAGGAAGCCUCCUAAAGGUGUCGCCCUGCAGUUUGAUAUCAACAGUGUUGGCAAACAGACCGGCAUGACCCUCAACGAGCGGUUCCGCAUCCUGAAGGACCAGCGUGUGGCGGCAGCACAGCAGAGCAGCAAAGGAGGCCGAUUCGUCACUGUGGCCUAGAGCUGAACUCUGAGACACUGGUCACGUGUCCCUCUGUCCCUGAUCACACGCUCAACAACAGUCCUACAGGACAGAACAGGCAAACAGGGACCUGAGCUGAACUAACAAUGUUCAUGACUCAAAUCGAUUAGCCCUAAUGGAGGAGACUUCCUCAGAACGUGGAUAUGCUGGUUUUCUGAAAGAGGAGACGUUAGGGAAGCGACUGAUUUUCUGUUUUUUAGGUUCUUUUUCUAAAAAGCUGCCAUUCUGUCCUCACAAAGCAAGCAUUACCUGUUGUCCCUGAAUUUCAGUUACGUUGUGUCGUCUCCUGACCGCCCUUGAUAUGUGAUGGCGUCCUGUUUUUUAUAUAUGCCUAAAGCAGUUGCAGCUAAAUGAGUUGAAACAUUUCUGGAUAGACUUUGUUUUUCAUGAAACGGUUGUAUGAAACAGAACAUUCUUUUUGUAGAGCAAAAAAGACGUUUUAUAAUAUUUCAAUUAAAAAACUACGUAUUGUGCAA